GACACCUAUCUGCGUUUACAACACUUUGCGCUUAGCACGUGCACGUUGUUUUCGUUCGCGAGAGCAUGCAGAUGUAAACACGGGUCAAGUUUUCGGAAGCUGAAUUUUCUUUUUGUCCGGUUCUGUAAACAAAUUCGGUGGAAAUAACCAUGGGAAAACGGCGCUUCAAUGAAAAGGGCCGACAGCAGGUGGACACGAUCAUCGACAACACCGUCACAAAACAGAUCAAACUCGAGUUUGGUAAACCAGAGGAGGAUGGCUACGGCAGAACCGACGAUGCGAAUCUGCUGGUACUACCGUCUAAAAAACGUCCCACCAAAAUUAAGCGCGACUCGGCGGUCGUGACGAAAAUUUUGUCAAAAAAACAACGCAAACGACUCGAGAAGAUUGUCGACCAGAAAAAGAAGAAGGAAAACCGAUCCUCCCUGAUCGCGGCUUUGGCCUCCGUCCAAGCGACGUCGGAUGAGCUGGGAAGCUACACCAAGAUAAGCUCGGUCCAAACGAAGGGACUGAAGCAACACUUUAAGGAGCAAAAGUUUGGCGUGGUCGAAAAAAAGACGGAACGAAUGGUGAAGGAUGGAGUCGGGAAGGAGCAGACCGUUAAAAGCUUGGUCGGCGGAAGAAAGCAGCGGCUCGCGCUCUUGAAAGCCCAGGCGGCUGGUUCCGCAAGUGACGGAGAGGAAACGGAACCUGCGGCUGAUUUGAACUCGAUUGGGCUGGAUGAAUCUUCGUCUUCGGAAGAUGAAGUUUCCGCUGAAGAACAGGAGCAGAAGGAGGGCGACAGUGGAAGUGAGGAGAAUGCGCAAGAUGUUGAAGAGCAAACGGUUGUAGAACCUGUGGCCAAUGUUAUCAUAAGUCCAGUUGAAGAUAAGCCGAAAGCUGUAGACGCCGAACCCGUGGACAGAAAGCCGGCAUCGUAUGUUCACGUUGAGCGUGAUCCGGCGAUACAGGCAGCCCGUUUGAAACUUCCCAUCCUUGGUGAGGAGCAAGAAAUAAUGGAAAAGAUAAGCGAGAAUCCGAUUGUGAUACUGGCGGGAGAAACGGGCAGUGGUAAAACGACACAGGUUCCGCAGUUUCUAUACGAGGCAGGUUAUGCCACGAAAGAGCGAGGAUUGAUUGCCAUCACGGAACCACGGCGUGUGGCCGCGAUCGCAAUGUCAAAACGUGUGGCCACGGAGAUGAAUUUGUCAAACAAGGAAGUUUCAUACCUGAUUCGGUUCGAAGGUAAUGUGACCGACCAAACGCGGAUCAAAUUUCUAACGGAUGGUGUACUUUUGAAGGAAAUUGAGCACGAUUUUCUGCUGUCGGUGUACUCGGUUGUGAUCAUCGACGAAGCUCACGAGCGGAGUGUCUACACCGAUAUUUUGAUCGGUCUACUGUCGAGGAUCGUGAUGUUACGACAGAAGAAGGGCAACCCGCUGAAGCUGAUAAUCAUGUCGGCGACGAUGCGAGUGAAGGACUUUACCGAAAAUCGAAACCUGUUCUCCAAAAUUCCUCCGGUGAUCAACGUCGAGUCUCGUCAGUUUCCCGUUACGGUUCACUUCAGUAAAACAACACCCAGCGAUUACGUGCGCGAGGCGUACUCAAAGGUCGUCAAAGUUCACACCAAACUGCGAGGAGCUAUUCUUGUAUUUCUAACCGGCCAGAAAGAGGUAAAUUACGUGGUUAAAAAGUUGCGCAGGGCAUUCCCUUUUAAAGGAAAACAUUCAGCUGCGCUUGUUGAGCGGAAAAAGUCAAACGAUGAAAACGAUUCGGAAAACGAGGACGAAAACCUUGAGAGCAUCGUGAAUCCGCGCAAGGCGGCAAAACUCGAUAAGAAAAGGAAGAAAAUGAAGCGACUGGCCGAGCAGAAGAAACCGGUCGAGCUUCCAAAGAUCAACUUGGACAGUUAUCAGCUGCCGUGGGACGAUACGCAUGCUGACCAGUGUGAAGAGGACGACGAUGCCUUGGGCGAUGAAGAUAGCGAAGGUCAUUUGAGCGAGUCCGAUUUGGAAGACGACGGACAGGCUGACGAUUGCGAAACGGGCAGCAAACAACCACUCUGGGUUUUGCCCCUUUACUCAAUCCUUUCGUCGGAAAAACAACAAAAAGUGUUUGAACCCCCGCCAGAAGGCUGCAGGCUGUGCGUGGUUGCUACGAACGUAGCGGAAACUUCGCUCACGAUACCCGACGUGAAAUAUGUCGUAGACUGUGGGAGACAAAAGACGAAGCUGUACGACAAGGUAACCGGCGUGAAUGCGUUCGUAGUGACAUACAUUAGCAAAGCGUCCGCGAAUCAACGUGCCGGCAGAUCCGGCAGAGUUGCCUCGGGACAUUGCUACAGGCUGUACUCAAGUGCGGUGUACAACGAUCAGUUUGCUGAAUUUGCCAUGCCGGAAAUCCAGAAGAAGCCGGUGGACGAUCUGAUGCUGCAGAUGAAGUGCAUGGGCAUUGACAAAGUGGUCAACUUUCCGUUUCCCUCUCCUCCCGAUCGGGUACAGCUCCAGCGGGCUGAGCAGCGGUUGGUCCUGAUGGAAGCGCUCCAAGAGUGUAUUGUCAACAGCAAGACCAAGUCGCAAACGAUUAGCAAAGUAACCGAUCUUGGUAGGACGAUUGCGGCCUUUCCUGUGGCACCACGAUUUGGGAAAAUGUUGGCCCUCAGCCACCAACACGGGCUGCUUCCGUACACCAUCUGUAUGGUUGCGGCCCUCUCCGUUCAGGAAGUUCUGCAAGAAGUGUCCCUUUCGGAAGAAUCUCCUGGCAACAAGAAGUGGCGAUUGAAACGUAAAGCUUGGGCAGGCACGGGUAAUUCCCUGCAGCUGGGAGAUCCCAUGAUUCUGUUGCGUGCCGUUGGGGCCGCAGAAUUUGCCAACAGUGAAGGACGGUUAGCUAGUUUUUGUGAAGAAAACGGCAUCCGUUUGAAGGCCAUAACGGAAAUCCGCAAGCUGCGCGUCCAACUGACCAACGAGAUCAACAUAAACUUGAAGGAUGUGAAUUUAACCGUUGAUCCGAAGCUGCCUCCGCCAAGCGACACGCAGUCCAAACUGUUGCGCCAACUGAUGCUCAUCGGAAUGGCCGACCAAAUCGCACGCAAGAUUCCCGAGUCGGAAAUAAAGCUGAAAGCGGACAAGAUUAAAAACAAACACGCCUACAAUCUACCGGAUAUGGAGCAGCCGGUGUUUGUGCACUCGAGCUCUGUGCUCAAAACGAACCCCGAGUGGGUUUGCUAUCAGGAGGCGUACGAAACCUCUCAUGGAGACAGCACGAAAAUGUUCCUGCGCGGCAUAACGGCCAUCGAACCGGAAUGGCUUGUGCAGCUCGUACCCAAGCACUGUAACAUAGUAAAGGUGCUGGAAGAUCCCGAGCCCAGCUACGACCCAGCCCAGGAUCGCAUUCUGUGCCACGUGCAGGCUACCGUGGGAAAGGCUGGAUGGCCGCUACCGAUGGCAGAAGUGGAUAUGCCCAACGACAUGGUGCGGUGCCAACACUUUGCCAAGUUCCUGCUUUCCGGUGCCGUUUUCGGCGCAUUGCGGAAGUUCAGCAAGCAUCUGCUCUCGCCGGCCGACUCGAUGACCAAACCCUACGCGGCUUCGAUUCCGCGCGUCAUGAAAACGCUACAGCUUAAUUUAGUUUUCACCAGGACGCGUCUCGAGCAGCUUUGGACGGCGGAUAAGAACUUUCUUCGGGACGAGUAUCUCAAAUUUGUGCCGGCGUCAUGCCACGAGGACGUUCAGAAGAUGUGGCCACCUGCGGAAUGAAACACGGACGUUUUUUUUUUUUGGUUUUCUGUAACAGAAUAUGUUUUAUUUAUAUCAACACGCGCUGAGUUGUUUGCUGAAUAGGUUCCCCAAGCGGAUAUAUUAUACACAAUUAAAAAUUUGUUAUAGACAAAAUACUUCCACGAUGGCGUAUAUUGAUCAACGUUGUAAUGUGAAACCAACUUUGGAUACUGAUCUAAA